ACUCACCGGUAGCAGCUGCGACGAGGAAGCGAAGGAAGUGGGAGGGGGAAUGGCGACAACAUUCUCUCUCUCUCUCUCUCUCUCUUUUAUUUUACUAGCUGCGCUGGCUUUCUGUAGAGGGGAAGGUCUAAAUAUAAACAAGAGACGUGCGAGCUUGCGCGCGCACGUGUGUGUGUGUGCUGUGAGCGUGUGUGUGCAAGAGACCAGGUUGUGUGCGUGCGUGCGUGUGUGUGUGUGUGUGUGAAAGUGAGGCCUUGUUGCUUGUGCGUAUGUGUGGGGGCUGGCCAGAAACGUCACCCGUCACCCGGCAGUUAACGACUUCCACUCCUCCCCGCCCUCCCCAUCACUUUUUUUUUUUCCGUGUAUAGCGCGCAUCCUUAUUUUUUUCCUUUACUUGAGGGGAAAAAAGGGCGCGCUAUACACGAGUAUAUACGGUAUUUCAUGAGUGCAGUACAUACAAUACAGUAAUUUCUAGCAGAGUUAGGACGUAGGACUAAAGCUGUAAAUGGUAGCUAUGCAAUGUUUUUUAAUGUUGAACUACAGUGAAUUUCUUUACGUGUUUGAAAUCAGAAAAAGAAAACAUGCAGCAGAAUUUAUUUAAAGAAAAAAAAAAAAAAAAAUAACAAAUAAAAUUUAAUUUAAGUUCUAUAUAAGAGAAAAAUGUACACAUUUUAUAACAGUAUAAAAUAUUUACCACAGUAAAAUUUCCCAGGCUUUGCAGCCAUUUUCAGAAUUUGCUAAGUUUGUAGGUUCUAGCCACGCGAAAGUUACCUAUUGUAAUUUGGUAACUCCCCUACACAAUGUCAAUAGGCAACAGCUGUCUUAAAAAUGGCAACUGUAAUGUCAAUGAAAAUAUCAAGAUUAUUUCUUCAAUUCUGACAAGGCUACAGCCCACAUCUGUAAGCCAAUUCAAGUUAACAAUAAUAUUAUUGUUACAAGACUCUAGCAAGAUGCUUGCCAGCCAGCCCACAUGCUUGCAUGCAGGAUCGAGCACGGUCAAUUACCACCACACGCCUUAUCUCAUUAACAACGGUGCCUCGCUAACAGCACAUUCUCAGAGCUCCGCAUGCAUGAAGUGGCAUAGCUAGGUAAUGACAUAUGUUGUGACAAAAAAUGAUGUCAUAUUACACAUUUAAAAACAAAGUUUUAAGUUUUCACUUCUGUUGACAGUCGCCAUGAUUGUCUAUUUAUUUAAUUUUUUGAUACCUUAAAAUGGCAUUAAGUAUACAAAAUAUGUAUCACCUGAUGCAUAUUUUGAUGCUGUACAAUAUGCAAAAACUCUUAAUCAAGAAAGUUCAAUUUAAAUUUGUAUUUUAAAUGGCAACAACACAAGCCAAAACAAGGACAGUGCUUACAGCAGUUGGCAUAACUUAGAAAGUGCAAUCUAAGAGUGCGAGGCUCUUAGAUACUAUGCUAAAGAAUAAAAAAAUUAGAUUACUGUUAGUAAUAAAUUUUUUAGUACAGAAUGAAAAACAUUUUCCCGGUAUGUAACAUUAUUGUCACUAUGUUGUCUCUCACACUAUGAUUUUACACUUGCCCAGUGAUUUAAAAAAAGAAAAUAGUUCGGAAUUUGUUUGUCCUAAAGUAAUUUGUCACACUUUUGUUUGCUGUAAAGUUGAUUGUCCUAUUGCAGUUUGUCCUAAAUUAGGUAGCCCUGAUUUUAUGCAACAAAUCAAUUUUAGGCAAAUGACGUGUAUUCAAAAUAAUUAUUAACAUCCAACUUCCUUGUCGUUAUGGCAAUGAAAACUUCAAAGCAAAUUAAGAGGCUUAUGUACUGCUUGUCAAAACUUGGAAUACACCUACCUUUUCUCAAUCAUUUUUAAAUUAUACUACUAAAGAUACAGCAUUGCUUAUUUUUUCCUCACGAGAAAUAAGUUGGUUCGCUGUAUCUACCUAUUAGAAUUUUAUGUGCCACUAUGUCAAAUAACUUUAAAAAAUUGUUCAAAAGAAGGUAUUUGGUGCCUCUUUUCUUGUUUCCUUAACAUAAAUAUUUGAUUAUUACAUCCCUAGGACUAAAGUACUAAUUUUUCUGACUAAAAUGAUACCAUAAAAGUUGAUGGUCACAGCAUUGGAAUUCCGUGUAAUUGUUUGUGAAAAGUGGAUAUUUUCGCGCGACCAGAGCCUGGCUCCUGCUGCCUGCCUCGAGCGACGGUUGAAACACGCCGAGCCCACGCAGGAGUCCGUGCGGAGAGGGGAUGGCCCUUCCUGAAGGCGCAGGAGGGGAAGUUGUUGGACGAUAACGCGCGCUUAUCUGCGCGAGGUUCCAAACUGACGUCCUGGUAAUUUAAUAUAGCCGUUGUCAUUCAGAGCGCCAGUAGAAGCUGUUGGGUCGAUUUAUUCUGUUAAUAUUUCCUUCCCGGGAUUUGUAAAUUUAUUUGCCUUUAGCGUGCGGUAAAACGUGUUGUGGUAAAACGUCACAAAAAUGGAAGAGAAACGAGACAAGAGAAUUGGCAAGUCGGGACAUUUAUGGUUAAGUGCUCGACGAAAGAAAAGGAAAGCAACGGCGGCGAUCGCAUACCAGCAAGAAAGGAAAAAGAAAAGACUUCAAGAACACUCGAAAAUUCCAGAGGAGAAUACUUCGACAGUAAUCAAUAAGGGAAACGAGGAAUGGUCGGCACCUUCUACAAGUCGUAGUGAAAGCGGAAUUCUCAAUUUGAUAACUGGAACAAAAAUCUUGCAGUACGAAGAGAAUCAUCAUAACAGUCAAGAUGUAGAUCUGCAGGAAGUACUUUCUGAAAAGCCCGUGACACAAACAAUAGUUCGAGACAACCUGAAUUCCAAAUCAUAUACUUGUCUACAGCCAGUUUCGAUACUACACGAGUCUGGAUGCACAUCCUGGGAAAGACAUGAAGAUGUUGCGGAAUUACAAUGCCCAGCUAGUGUCCCAACAUGUGGUGUCUCCGAAGCACCUCAGAAUACACAAGAGUGCUCUGGUAUGUCGGCGUGCCAUGUAGAGCAGUGCGGGGGUUUGCAUAGCAGUUCAGAAGAUCUUGAAAAGGAGACGCCUGUAUCCACAGUGAUCAUUACCAACAAAGCACAUGUUAACAAUGAUAAUGAAAAAUCACUCGAAGGAAAUCGUAUAGUGGACAUUUCAUUUAUCUUAAGGAAGAUGACCUAACUUGGAAACCACAAUCCUGCUUUUGGGUGUUCGUUGAAUAACUUAAAAUGCGUAAAUGAAAUUCGUCAUGGUCUUUGGUCUGUUAUCGUUUUAGAAUGCAACAUGUGUAACGGAAAAUUUUCUAUUCAGACUCAAGAUCCUGAUACUUCAUCAUCACAUAUGGACAUAAAUUCUAGAGCUGUUGCUGGAAUUAUGAGUGUGGGAGGUGGCUUUUCGCAUCUGCAAGAAAUAUGUGCUAGCAUAGGAAUGCCGAGCAUGUCUUCGAAAACAUACUCAGUAAUACACGAUAAGAGUUGCGAUGGCUGGGAAAAGGCAGCCAUAAAAGAAAUGCAGGAUGCAGCAAAGGAAGAAGCAGAGCUAGCAGUAGAAAGAGGCGAUGUGGAUGAAAAUGGUACUCCCCUUUUAACUGUUGCAGUUGAUGGUUGUUGGUCGAAGAGAUCCUACAGAACCCAUUAUAAUGCACCCUCUGGAGUAGCAGCAAUAGUGGGAUUCUACACGAAAAAGGUUUUGUUCAUGUCAGUACGGAACAAGUUUUGUUACGUAUGUGCACGAAGUACAAGUGGAGAGGACAUUCCCAAGCAUGACUGCUACAAAAAUUGGUCGGGAAGCUCCACUAGUAUGGAAGCAAAUAUUAUACUAGAAGGAUUUCAACAGAGUGAGGCGCUCUACAACGUGAAGUACAGUAAAAUGAUUGCUGAUGGUGACAGUAGCUGUUAUAAGAAGAUAUUGGAGGCACGACCAUAUGCAAAUCUAACUGUUGAAAAAAUAGAGUGCCGAAAUCAUCUUCUACGAAAUUAUUGUACCAAACUGAGGAACUUGUCAGAACAGCACAGGAUUUGUUCUUCAUCGCAAAGGAAAUUAUUACUUCAAAAAAUUUUGAAACUACGAAGGGCAGUGACCGAAGCUGUGAAACAUCGUAAGUCGGAAGAAAUGUCACUCCGUGAAAAAAUAGCUCUCCUUCAAGCCGACAUUUUGAAUGGACCAAGCCAUGUCUUUGGUGAUCAUAGUAAGUGUUGUCAGUAUUUUUGUUCGGGUCCUAAAGAAGGUGAGAAAAAUAUUGUGCCUGAACUGAAAAUGAGUGAGUUGUACGAACACAUUAUGAAAGCUGUUAAGUAUUUAGCAUAUAAUUCAAGGAGCUUAAUUCAUGAUGUCGAUAGCAAUGUUGUCGAACAGUUCAACUCGAUAAUAGCCAAAAUUGUUGGAGGCAAGAGAAUCAACUAUGCGCUAAAGAGAUCUUAUCAGGGAAGAUGCUCCGCUGCAGUUGUUUCUCACAACACCAAAAAGCCACAUUACGUACUACACAAAACAUUGUGUGACGGUUUCAGCCCAAACAAGUUUGUCAAGAAAUUGGAGCUGUCUCGGUCAAGGAAAAGAGAAGAAACAGGUUCCAAAGGAAAGCGUGUGAAUCGCGCUAUCAUUAUGAAAAGAAGCAAAUCUGAAAACCCCUCAGGUUUAGGAGAUGUUAACUAUGGUCCGAACUGUGAACGGCCAGAUAUGGCCCCCGAUCUUUUUCAAGUAGAAAAAGAAAAUCUACUGAAGUCACUGGAAAAAACUGUUGAAGAACGCAGAGAAAUUGAGAGGGGAACACUUCUUCAAGCAGGUAGUGGUGAAUGGCUGGAACGGAGGCGCAAAAUGCUGACAGCUUCCAAAUUUGGACGAAUUUGUCACCGACGUGCUACUACAAGUUGCAAAGCCUUGGUUAAAAACAUCAUAUACUCAUCGAGUAUUUCAAGUGUUCCAGCUAUUGCAUAUGGAAAAAAGAACGAAUCGAUUGCUCUUGAGCAGCUUGAAAGGCAAGAGAAUUUAGUAAUCCAACAAUGUGGCCUUUUCAUAGAUGAACAACUUCCAUUCCUUGGAGCAACUCCAGAUGGCUUGAUUGGGGAGCAUGGCCUUGUAGAAAUCAAAUGCCCGUCGUCUGCAGCAGGUAUCGAUGUAGAUAAAGCAGUUUCAGAUGGUAAAUUAGGUUAUCUGAUGUGCAACGACCAAAACAAAGUUACACGCUUGAAAACAAAUCAUGACUAUUAUUAUCAAGUACAGGGACAGCUACACAUCACAAACAGAAAAUUUGCUCUUUUCGCCAUUUGGACAUCAAAAGAUAUUCCCAUUAAAGUUGUUACUGUACAAAAAGAUGAUCAAUUUUGGAAAGAAAAAAUGGAGAAACAGUUGACCAGGUUCUAUUUUGACUGCAUGGUUCCAGAACUGGUAGACCCUCGUUAUACCAGAAACAUGGAAAUCAGAGAUCCAGAGUAUAUUAGGCAUAUUCCAUGCAAAAAGAAAGGAAAAGUGUCUGCCUCGAAGAACUCAAAAGACAUAAUAAUGCAAUGAAUUUUAUAGUUUCCUGUUUCCUGUACUUCCCUUUCAUGCUCAGAUUUAUCUGAAACGAUCAUGAGUGAGCUGAUGGAUAAAUCAUUUGUUAUUUGUGUGUAUAAGAACAUAUGGUCAUGCUAUGAAAAAUUUGUCAUGUAUUUUAAUUAUUACCGUAUUUUGUAAUUCAUAUGUAAUAGCCAGUAGUCUUUUUAUAACAUUUCUUGCAUACAUUUAAUAGUCUUCUUGUUCUUGUUACUAGGGGGGCCGCGGUGGUGUAGGGGUCAGACAUCUUGCCUAACACCUAUGCGAUCUGGGUUAGAUCCUCGGCGGAUCCGGUCCGGGAUUUUCACAUGCGGGAAACGUGGUAUACGUUGCCGUUGGCCGACGGGUUUUCUCGGUGUACUCCCGUUUCCCCCGCAUUUUCGCAUUCUGUCACUUCUCAAUUGUAGAGCAUCACUUCAUGUCAUCCUUCAGGGCUCGCGGAUAUCUACGGGAGCACACUAAGAAAUUCUCUGCUCCUGGGUCUAAUACCCUGCCCUCGGGUACCCUCCCCAUACGCCAUUUAUUUAUUAUGCAUUCUUGUUACUAUAAUUAAUUAGCAAUAAUCUAACUUUGUUUGUUGGAAAAAAUUGCUAAACAUCUGCUUAUGGAUUUGUACUUACCAGUGAAUAAGUGCUGUGAUUCACAAUGUUAUUUCUUUGAAAUUGUCUCCCAUAUGUGUUAUUAUUUAUAUGGUAUGCUCUUGUAGGCUGUGCUGAUCUAUAUACAUUUCAUCCUCAAGACAGUUCUCCAUUACACGAAAAGCAUGGAGAGAGCACAGAUACUGUACAGAGCGAUUUUCACAAAGCCGAGAGACCAAAAUAUAAUUUUGCCUGUUUGGUUCUCAUUGCAAACAAAUGCUUGUUUGUUGCUUUUUAUGUAUUAGUAUUUUUAUAUAAAAGAAACAUAUUCUCUAUGUUGAGGCUAUGGAGCACGCUACGGUCUUUGCAUAUAAAUUCCAUAGAAUUUGUAACUGUUAAAAAAACUGGGUAAUAAUGCUGAGAAUUAUUGACUAGAAUUAUAAUUUUUGAAUGUGUGUUUAUAGAAGUGCUUAUUCAUAUUUGUAUAAUGUAAAUAGUAGAAUUUUGUUAUGCAGGUUGUUAUAAACAUGUGUUUUUUUAAAAUGUUUUAAUUACAUUAAACAUCUAUGCCAGCUAUGAUUGUGAUAAGAAAAAAUGACAUUUUUCUGUAAUAAUAUCUUUAUAUCUGUCAUAGAAUGCGAUUGUCGU